ACAGAGAGCGUCCUGCAUCUGAACAGAGACCGGACACUAUUACGUCUUGACCCUUAAGAAGUGACUACCUGAUCAUCUUAGUGUUUGAGAAUUUGAAGACACCAGGAACGCGCAAGCACUUCCUAGACGGGCAAUCCCCUUCCAUUUGGAAAUUGAUUUGCAGCACGAAUAGUGUCUGCAACCCAUUUCUCUGUAAGCUAAGUUCAGAGAAUCGUCAAAAUGUCUUACCUCGAGGACCUUGAUUUGGAUGAGGAGGAAGAAAUGGGCAGUGCAGAGGACAAGGAAUUGGCAAAGAAAGCCAGGGAGUUGGAAAGGCAACUCACGGAAGAUGCUGACAAGGAUUCUAAGACAUUCAAGCUAUUAAUGCUUGGUGCUGGUCAGGCAGGGAAAAGCACCGUUGUAAAGCAAAUGAAGAUUCUUCAUCAAGGUGGUUAUACGAAAGAAGAAAAAUUGGGGUUUCGAGGCAUCAUCUAUGGCAACAUCCUGCAAUCUGCUCUGGCCAUCAUCAGAGGCAUGGAUACGUUGGGCAUCGAGUAUGGAUCACCAGCUGCAGCUGAAGACGGCCAUAAGCUGCAUAACCUGUCAGACUCCACUGAAGCAGGAACAAUGCCCACUGAGCUGGCUGAAGUCAUCAAGAGGCUGUGGAAGGACCCUGGUGUGCAGGCCUGCUUUGAGAGAGCUGCUGAGUAUCAGCUAUAUAGCUCUGCACCCUACUACCUCAGUGAGCUGGACCGGAUCACCAAGCCAGAUUAUGUGCCCAAUGACCAGGAUGUGCUGCGAUCUCGAGUCGAGACCACUGGUAUUGUUGAGGAGCAUUUUUUCUGCAAAGACGUGCACUUCAGGAUGUUCGAUGUCGGUGGCCAGCGGUCAGAGAGGAAGAAGUGGAUCCAUUGUUUCGAGGGUGUGACCGGCAUCAUCUUCUGUGCAGCCAUCAGUGCAUAUGACAUGGUGCUGGUAGAGGACGAGGAAGUGAACCGCAUGCACGAAUCUCUCCAUCUGUUCAACAGUAUCUGCAACCACAGGUUCUUUGAAUCAACCUCCAUUGUGCUUUUCCUCAACAAGAAGGAUAUUUUUGAGGACAAGAUCAAGAAGGUUCACCUCAGUAUCUGCUUCCCAGACUAUGAUGGGCCAAACACAUAUGACGAUGCCUGCUCCUAUGUCAAGUCACAGUUUGAGGAGCUGAACAUGAAAAAGGGCACUAAAGAAAUCUACUCCCACUUGACCUGUGCCGUGGACACAAAGAACAUCGAUACUGUGUUCGGAGCCGUGACAGACGUCAUCAUCAAAAACCUAAAGGAUUGUGGCCUUUUCUGAGCGGCUUGAGAAAAAAAAAAAAAGAAUAUCUUUCCCUUCCUUUAACCUUCACCUGACACAUUGGCAUUGUUUGGGAGCUGUACCGGUGUGGAGCACAGAGAGAAGUACCAGGACGUCUGGCUGCUACAUAAACGUUGUUGAUCCCACGAGAGGCCCUGGGUUACCGAUACUCCUCUCACGUCAUUCUCAUGUAUGACUCUGCUACACAGUGCAUUCAAAGUCCAACUGGAUUGAAACACCAACCAACAAGUCCCAAUACCCUUAUGCCCAUGCAGUAAUUUUUUUUUUAAGAAAAGUAAUUGAAUUUGAGGGUUUUUUCUGUGCUGACAGAAAUCUAAAUCCUGUCGAAUCCUGACAAAGAAAAAUGAUUACUUUGAAUAGCAACAUUACAGCAUUGUUUCUUGUCUGAAGUACAGUAGUCUCUGUGGUCUCACUUUCUUAACUUGUUAAAGUUGCUAAAUAGGUAUCACAGAUAUUCCAAGUACAAGUACAUAUGUUCAGAUUUCAAACAAAACUGUAUUCUAAUUCAAACUAUUCUAAUAGUUUGAAUGUGUUGCAUUACACAAUCUAACAUUUAAUGUAAACACUACUUUUUAAAGGAUGAAACAUGGUAGGUAAAUUAGAUACUUUGUAAAUAAGAGUAGAUAAAUCCCUAUAUUUUGAAAGUCAACUUACAAAUAUGGAAUACCAUGAAAGAAGGAAAUACUACAGCCACGUCGCUUUGUUAAGAAGCUGGAAUCUGUAAAUCUGUUUUUUUUUGUGAAUUGUAGAGCCGUGAAAUAAAAGAUGCAUUAACUUAAUUUCUGUUUAUCAU